AUGUUCAUGUUGCACUUAGAUAUCUGCUUGGUUUUGAACAUUAUACACACCCUGACAAACCAAAACCUUUUUACCUUCUGGUGCAGUGUAUCAGAUCUCCUUGAUUACAUAAGUCCCGAUCAGCAGUCAAAGGCUGCAGAUGCUCGGAGGAUGCAGGUAACCCUGACUUCAAGACAUAUGGUGAAGAGCACCGGGCAAGCUCACACACAAGAGGGUAGAAACGAAAGAUUGAUUGAUCUGCUACUCGAUCGGAGAUAUAAGGGAAGCGCUGGUAACCUAACUCUUUCGCGAAAGGGAUUCCGCCGCCGAGUCUGUUCGGCGUGCAAAGCUACUACAAUACUUCCUGAGGUAACCUCUACACCUGAUCUUGUAACUAGAGACACUGAAAUUAUAAUUUGUAGGGGUGAUAGAGGUGAUGAUGUGAAUAAUGAAGUGGUAGCAGGAAAUGAAAUCUCAAAGCCUCAACCUGUUAGUACUGAACUUCAGAAUGUAGCAGUUGAGAAUCCUUCACCAGAAAGGAACUUACCUGAGUGUCGUGGACACCAAAUGAUUACCAGAAAGGAAUGCACAAGUGCUGACGAUAAGACUGACACCAACUCCUCUGAAAAAUCCUUCAAGACCUCUGAAAUUGCUAACUACUAUCAUGGAGAGACCGUCCAAGAAACAAACUCUGGUAAAGGGUGGCAGGAAGCUAAUUCAAAAGGACGAUCAGGGAAUGGUGCUGGUAGAAAGUUCAAUAGAAGACAUCCUGAUCUUGCCAAGUUAAAGAUAAACUCCGAAUACUCAAGUUUUAGAGAUCGGUUAUAG